CAAUGUGUACAAUUGGAGUUGGAUAUAUCGGUAUGUCUGCCUCGAAACCGGAUUAGCAAAGUCGAAUUACUCGAAACCUCAGCAUUAAGUAGGACCCGAGGUAACUUUGCUCAUCAAAUAUCUUUGAUCUUAGCUCAACAGGCGUCAUGCGGUGGACACGUCUCCCACAAGCUGGCACUCUGCCGGUCGAGAGAUCAAGCCAUUCCAUCACAGUUGUAGGGGACAAGAUUGUCUUAUUUGGCGGCGAACAUGACCCCCGAGUACCAAUCAGUAGCGAGUUGUACGCUUACUCCUUCACGGAUGGCACCUGGCGCGUGCUGGACGCCAUCGGUGAACCACCCAGCCCACGCGUCGCGCACUCCGCGGCCGCCAUCGGCAACACUCUCUACAUCUUUGGCGGAAGGUCAGGACUGGAUAUGGGGGAGGGCGCCAGCAACGACCUUUACGCCUUCGAUUUGGAAACCUCAACCUGGUCCCAGCUACAGCCUAAAGGCGAUCUCCCGCCCAAGCGCUCCUACCAUACCAUGACGGCGGUCGGCACUAAGCUGUACGUGUUCGGUGGUUGCGGUGAGGAAGGUCGACUUAACGACUUGCACGAGUACGAUGUAACUACCGAGACGUGGCGCCCACUGGCAAAGCCACCGGCGGAGGCAGUGCCGGGCCGCGGCGGCAGCUGCCUUGUGGCGGCUCGGAAGCCAGGUGGUGAGGUUGAUGAGCCGCUUUUGUAUGUUAUCGCGGGAUUUUGCGGACGGGAGCUGGAUGACAUGCACGUCUACAGCAUCGCCGAGGACGCGUGGUGCGGCGCCAGCUGCCCUUCUUGCGGCCCGUCAGCCGCCGCAGAGGAAAAGCUCUCGGCACGCAGCGUGUUUGGCGCCGGAGUGCACUCCUGCGAUCUGGGCGAGUGCGGCCACAGGAACGUCGUACUUGUGUACGGUGGUGAGGUAGACCCUUCGGACAAGGGCCACGACGGCGCGGGCGACUUUUGCAGCAGCUUGGUAGAAUUUGGCAGCGGCGCCAGAGCCUGCGGGGGCGGCGAAGGCAAGGGCCACGGUGCAGGUUGGCGGGUGAUGGAAGCUGGUGGGGAUUCGCCUGGGCCCCGCGGCUGGUUCGCCUCUGCGACCACUUCCGACGGGCGACUCGUGAUUCACGGCGGUUUGGACGGCAAUAACGAGCGCCUGGGCGAUCUAUAUGUGUUGGAUGUACAUGCAAACUGAACAGCUACCUCGGUAUUUCCUCUGACUCGCGAUCGUGUCAAUGGAAUGCUCAGCAGUUGCAGCACCGGCAAGGAGUGAGAACAAAAGUGAAUGAUGUCAAUGAAGUCCAAAUGUCCCUGGUUCGAGCCCUCGAGCCAACGUCUCUUCUUAAUACCUCUCGCGGUCUGUCUCUGGUGUGCUUUGCGCCGCGUGUGUAGUGUGGGUCGAAACGUUGUUUGAAAGGUGGGAUGGAUGUGAAGGGAGAGGAGCGGUGCAGACUGUUGUGCGCGGAAGGAAUACAGGUGCCAGUGAAUGUCACCGUAAUGCGGCUGCAAUGACGAUGAUUGAUGGGGCAUCAGUCAGUGGAAGCUUGCGGGCAACACAUGGUCAAUAUGUGAUGCUAAAAUGAUGUGACAAAUACUCUGUCCGCUGCAUAAACGGAAAACCCUAAACGGAAU